GUAUCAGGAAACUAAGAUAAAUUUCAGAGGCUUAGCACAAUGUCAAAGGGUCUUUAAGCAUUGAAAUAUUAUUUUAUAGUAACUUUAUAUAUGGUGGAGCUUAGAAAAGGGAGUUUAAAUUCAUAAGCAUAAACAGGAAAACCUUACAUCACAGUAUGUGUGUGUGGUGGGGGAGGAGUCUCUCCCUCUCUCUCUCUCUCACUCCCAGCACACCACUCACAGUUCUUUGUGGUCAUGAAUUGACUGCAGAACCCAAGCAAUAGACGCAGAGUGGUGUCUACUGAGUUGAGAAAGUAUGUGAGAGGAUUGUAAAAGCUAUUUGCUUCAGAACAGGAUCCAUCAUGCCCCGUCGAUGUCCUGAAGAGGAAACUGAGAAUGAAAUUGCUUUGGAAAGCUAAAAUGAGCUCAAUUCAGGACGGGGGUGAAGAGGUAGAGGAAGGAGCUGUUUACCAUGUCACCCUCAAAAGAGUGCAGAUUCAACAGGCUGCCAAUAAAGGAGCAAGAUGGCUAGGGGUUGAAGGGGACCAAUUGCCUCCAGGACAUACCGUCAGCCAGUACGAAACAUGUAAGAUCAGAACAAUAAAAGCUGGCACUCUGGAGAAACUUGUGGAGAACCUGCUGACAGCUUUUGGGGACAAUGACUUUACCUACAUCAGCAUCUUUCUGUCAACAUAUAGGGGCUUUGCCUCUACUAAAGAAGUACUGGAACGUCUCCUCGACAGGUAUGGAAACCUGGAGACCUCAAACUGUGAAGAAGAUGGAAGCCAGAAUUCCUCAGAGUCUAAAACAGUGCUCAGGAAUGCAAUAGCCUCAAUCUUGAGAGCCUGGCUUGACCAAUGCUCUGAAGACUUCCGAGAGCCACCCAAUUACCCUUGUUUGCAGAAAUUGCUGGAUUACCUUAAACGGAUCAUGCCAGGCUCUGACCCGGAGAGAAGGGCACAAAACCUCUUGGAGCAGCUUCAGAAGCAAGAAGUGAAAAAUGAGAAUGGGUUCCAUAACACCUUCAGUUUCAGCCUUGAUGAGGAAGAGGAAAUGGAGACUGGUGGGCCAGAAGAGUUCUCUUUUUUCCCAGAAGACCUUGUGGCAGAGCAAUUAACAUACAUGGAUGCAAAGCUCUUUAAGAAAGUGGUGCCCCACCAUUGCUUGGGGUGCAUCUGGUCUCGGAGGGAUAAGAAAGAAAACAAACACUUGGCACCCACCAUCAGAGCCACCAUCUCUCAGUUCAACACAGUUACCAAAUGUGUCGUCAGCACCAUCCUGAAGGGCAAGGACCUCAAAACACAGCAGAGAGCCAAGAUCAUUGAGAAAUGGAUUCAUAUUGCACAUGAAUGUAGGAUCCUGAAGAAUUUUUCCUCCUUGAGGGCCAUUGUUUCAGCACUACAGUCCAACUCCAUCUACCGGUUAAAGAAGACCUGGGCGUCUGUUCCAAAGGACAGGAUGCUGAUGUUUGAAGAGCUGUCCGAUAUCUUCUCAGACCAUGACAAUUAUCUGACAAGUAGAGAGCUGCUAAUGAAGGAAGGAACAUCCAAGUUUGCAAAUCUGGACAGUAGUGUGAAAGAGAACCAGAAAAGGACCCAGAGGCGGCUUCAGCUCCAGAAAGAUAUGGGAGUCAUGCAGGGUACGGUCCCCUACCUUGGCACCUUUCUUACAGACCUGACCAUGCUUGACACAGCGCUGCAGGACUACAUAGAGGGUGGGCUGAUAAACUUUGAGAAGAGGAGACGGGAGUUUGAAGUAAUUGCCCAAAUUAAGCUCUUGCAAUCUUCCUGUAAUAGCUAUUGCAUGACGCCAGACCAAAAAUUCAUCCGAUGGUUCAGGAGACAGCGGCUGUUAACAGAGGAGGAGAGUUAUGGCCUCUCAUGUGAGAUAGAAGCAGCUGUUGACACUAACACCACAUCACCGAAACCUCGGAAGAGUAUGGUGAAGAGACUCAGCUUACUGUUUCUGGGAGCAGAUGUGAUUACCAAUAGCACACCCACCAAAGAGCAGCCCAAAUCUACUCCAAGUGGGAGCUCUGGUGAAAGCAUGGAUUCUGUCAGUGUAUCAUCGUGUGAGUCGAACCACUCUGAGGGUGAAGAAGUCUGCAUCACCCCCAUAGACACUCCUGAUGAGCCUCAGAAAAAGCUCUCUGAAUCCUCCUCCUCUUGUUCCUCUAUCCAUUCCAUGGACACGUCUUCCUCAGGGGUGUCAUCUUUAACCAACACUAUCUCACCCCCUCCUUCCUUAACCUCCAAUCCCAAGAUCCACAAGCGCUCCAUCUCCGUCACAUCCAUUACCUCAGCAGUAUUGCCUCCUGUUUACAACCAGCAGAAUGAAGACAUGUGCAUCAUCCGGAUCAGCAUAGAAGACAACAAUGGCAAUAUGUACAAGAGUAUCAUGUUGACUAGCCAAGACAAGACUCCGGCUGUCAUUCAGAGAGCUAUGUCAAAACACAACCUGGAGGCUGACCCAGUCGAGGAUUAUGAACUUGUUCAGGUCAUCGCUGAGGACAAAGAGUUAGUCAUCCCCGACAGUGCUAAUGUAUUUUAUGCCAUGAACAGCCAAGUGAACUUUGACUUCAUCCUACGGAAAAAAAACUCCCUUGAUGGGCAAGUGAAGAUGCGGAGCCGAUCUAGUUUGACACUUCCCAGAACUGCCAAAAGGGGGUGCUGGACUAACAGACAGAGCAAAAUCACACUUUGAAGAGAAUGAGCUAACACAAAGGAGAUUUGGUUUAGAGAAAAGAAAAGACCUUUGAUACCAUCCAGUAUUACAAAGUCACGGAAGAUGAAGGUGUCAGUGUUUGACUUUGGAAAGAUUUGAGACUGGAAUGCAAAGUGUGCAUUCACUAUAGAUACAGAUAGAGAUGAACAUCGAGAGAGAGAGAGAGAGAUUUAUGGGACAGUCACUAUGGAAAUAUAUUUUGCACAUUGGCCUAGGAAGGUGAGGUCACAUAUACAGGGAAAAAUGGAAUUGCCAACCAAUCUUGUCUUAAGAAUUCCACAUAAGCUAAAUCUCCUCCUUGGAAAACAGAUUCUCCUUUGUGCCAGUAUUACCUAGAACAAGAACUUUAAAUUUAUUUUUAUACAUUGGAGAAGAAAACUGUUGCAAUUAAAUUCCACCUGAAUCAAGCAGGAGGAUCUGAGCAGCCGUCAGCUGAAUGAUAACACCGAUUUCCAAAGGGUGUGGAUGAGUUGAUGGCUGCUAGUUCCUCACCCUGUCUGACAAGUGUUGCCUCCAGGAGGCUUUCAUGUCUGUGAAGAAGAAAGGAGGGUUGAGCCCCUCCCAAAACCCUAGUCUAGAGACACAAGGAAGAAUUCAAUUGUGUGCACGUAGGUUGGUUUCACAGAACUGACAAACAUUUUUUGCAGUUGUUCAAAGCCAGAAAAUACAUUUUGGGGUUUUUCCAAAGAACAUUAAGAAAAUGGGCCAUGGUUGCUUUUGGAUGAAUGUCAUGUUUUGUUAAUGAGCAAGGCAAGGAAACUCAACCAACGUUACUUCUCUGGACCUUGUUCACAUCUUAAUGCCACUACAGUGUGUUCUUCCUUAGGCUUACCUAAUCUGUUUAACAGGAAUCAAGGCCUUUUGCAUGUACAGUUGCAAGUUCUCCAAAUUCACUGAUGUACCUCGUUGUAAUGUGCAAUCCCUCUUCAGGUGCAGAACUCUACAUUAAUCCACAUUGAUUCAGUGAGAGGCAACUAUAUUAUUUUGUGUUUUAAAAGUGGCAUAAGACAGACAUGUUUAUUAUUCAGUGCCCAAAAUUACCACAGAUCUUAUAAACUUGUAGCAUUAUUAUACAUAAUCUUCAACCACCACCCUCUCUUAUAUGCUUCUAUUAACUGAAUAGUUUCCUGACAUGGUACAUCCUUCCAGAUGGAAUAGAGAAUUUAACCUUCUGAAAAGGCUCCCAUAGCUGCUAUUCUCUGUGAAACUUUAAAUGACGCAUUUCUUAACUCGAAGAUACAAGUCUCCCUUCAGAACACAUGCAUAAUUAAAAGGUCACAUAAAAGAUUUUAAUUGAAAGCCAUAAAUGACACAUUGGAUUGUAAGCAACACUCACAGAACAGAUUGUCUUUUCAGAAUACUAAAGUUGGUUAAAAUUAACUCAGAUCUUGAAUUUUAUACAAGUCUGGAGCAUGUUUUACCAGUUCUGUAGCACUGAUUGUCAAAGCUGGGCCUAGAUUCCAUUACCAAAUAGCCAUGAUGUACCAAUAAAUGUCUUAAAUGGU